CAGGCGGACCGGUCAGUGACUGCAGAACAAGUACUUGCCCUUAAACUUGCAAGCAGUGCUGUUGCUCAGAUCGCUCAUUAUUCUAAUCAUUAUUUAACAAUAAGAGUACAACAGCAGCACCAUGUCUCUUGCGGCAGAGGCGUUCAUGUCGCAGAUGGCAGCUGCUGAGCCGUGGCCUGAAAAUGCAACCUUGUACCAGCCACUGAAGGAGGAUCAGAUUCUCCUGUCAGACUGCGCCUCAUCUCUCGCUGUUCAGGCGUACCUGAGGAUGUGUGGUCUGCCAGUUCAGGUGUUCUGCAGAGCAAACGCUGAAUACAUGUCACCUUCUGGUAAAAUUCCCUUCAUCCACGUGGGCAAUCAGGUGGUAUCAGAACUGGGGCCGAUUGUGCAAUUUACUAAAGCUAAGGGUCAUUCUUUGAGCGAUGGCUUAGAUGACGUUCAGAGAGCUGAAAUGAAAGCGUACAUGGAGCUGGUCAACAAUAUGCUGCUUACUGCUGAGUUGUACAUUCAGUGGUGUGAUGAUUCUACAGCCACUGAGAUUUCUCGCCCCAGAUACAGCAGUCCGUACUCAUGGCCUCUCAAUAAAAUCCUCGCCUACCAGAAGCAGUGGGAGGUGCGCAGGAAGAUGAACGCCAUUGGCUGGGGAGGGAAAACAUUGGAGCAGGUUUAUGAAGAUGCCUACGGAGCUGGAUGCAUUGGUGUUUGGCCAUCUCUUCACUAUACUGACUACUAGACUGACCAGCACUGAGCUGGCAGAGAGGGUCAAGAGCUACAGCAAUCUUCUGUCCUUCUGCAGACGCAUUGAACAGACCUACUUUGAAGACAAGAGCUCCUGAAGGACUGAAAAUAACAUAUGUCUUUCUUUCACCUCUUCUCGUACAUUCUUUCCUUCUCUCAUUCCCCAGAUUGUAGCCCCAAGAAGCUGAAAUGCCUAAAAAAAAAAUUGCAUACGUGUCCUUUUUCCUAUUUUUCCUUCACUUUUGGCUUCCUGUUCAUACAUCAUCUCCAGAAGUUUAAGAAUUAUGAAUGUCCUAAAGUAAGCAUAAUUUUUAAGUGUAUGAAGAAUAUGUAAAAGAAAAUGUCCUGAGUUAAAUGUAUUUUUCAAAAUAUUAUGAGAACAAAUGCCACAUAUGCUAGUAACUGUGAUCAUCACAGUUAGUGGAAGACCUUGAGAAUCUAGCUUUAUAAAAAGUGAAUACAAAAAAUAUCAACGCUGAUAUACAACCAUAAAUCAGUCUGAAAUGAACAUCAAAGAUUAGGAUUAAACGCUGAUCAGACUUCUAAAUCUUUCCGAUUUGUUGUCAGGAUCAAGUUCACCUCAGCAGAAUGUCUGCGCACACUUGGGUUUUUCACGUUUUACACUCUUUUUCACGGAAAUGGUGUCUACAUGUGUCAGAGUGCAUGAGUGCGUUUCUAAACGCCCACCGCCUCGCUGAAAACCGAGGUGUGGAUUUCCCAGCCUCGUGACAUGACUGCAUUUCAGAAAACAGAACUCCACUUGACCUACGUCCGAGGUCAAAUGGCUCACUGUGUUUUUCCUCCAGGGCACUCCCAAAGCUUGCAAGAAAUGU